AUGAAAAAAAUAAAUUUCGAUUCCUCUUCUCACAAAGUUAUUCUAGCUGCGGGAAUGCAAUGGGGAGAUGAGGGCAAAGGAAAGGCCGUAGCUACCUUCGCAAGAGAUGUAGACAUUGUAGCAAAGUAUAACGGCGGUCAUAAUGCGGGACAUCAAAUAAUUCUAAAUGGAAAACAGUAUAAGUUACAUCUUCUCCCAAGUGGCACAAUUUAUACUAAUACGAUAAAUGUUUUGGGCCACGGUAUGGUAAUACAUCUUUCGAGUUUGCUGAACGAGAUCAAUAUCUUGGCAGAACAUGGAAUCGAGAUUUUGGACAGACUAUUGAUAUCAGACCGCGCGCAUUUACUUCUGGAUGCUCAUGUAGAAAUCGAUCGCAAAAUGGAGAAGCGGCGAAUGUCUAGUGGAGGUAAUAUUUCAUUGGGGUCAUCUAUAUGUAAUGCAGGCGAAAUAGGGACCACUUUACGUGGAAUUGGUCCGUGCUAUUCCACCAAGUCAUCUAGAACUGGUGUCAGGGUUGGAACCAUGUUGCAUUGGGAAGAUUUCAAAAAAAGAGUGCUAGAUUUUUACAGAAUUCACGGUGAUCCUGAAACAUUUGAAAAUAUGGCUAGUGAGGAGAUUGAAAGACAAAAAAAACUGUACGACAUUUUCUCCAAGUGCAUCUGCGAUACAGGAUAUUUUAUGAGCGAGGCCAUUAAAGCAGGCAGACGCAUCUUACUUGAGGGAUCGAAUGGUUCUUUAUUAGAUAUUGAUGCAGGUACGUAUCCGUAUGUUACGUCGUCUACCACCCUAGCUUGUGGAACUUACUUGGGAUUGGGGGUACCGUUGGAUUCCCCAAUGUUCCGCAUAGGUCUGCUAAAGUGCUACCAGACGCGAGUCGGUAUGGGCCCUUUUCCUACUGAAUUUUUUGACGAAAAUUAUCAACAUAUACAAAAAGAUGGUACCGAAAUUGGAGUGUCCACAUCUAGGUUACGAAGAUGUGGUUGGCUCGAUCUGGUUGCUGCCAGAUAUGUUCAAAGAUUGAACUGCUUUCACACCAUAUAUUUUACGAAGCUGGAUGUUUUGACGGGUCUAAAAGAAAUAAGGGUUUGUGUGGACUACCGCAAUAAAAUAACUGGUAAUGUUCUGGAGAGGGGGCGUUUCCCAGCUACUACGGCACUUUUGGAGGAGUUCGAGCCUGUUUAUAAAACGUUUGCUGGUUGGACGCAAGAUAUUUCGAAUGUGCGCAAUUACGAUGAACUGCCGGAGAAAGCCCGUAACUACGUGGAAUUUGUGGAAGCACAGCUGGACACCUUUAUCCAAUGGAUUGGUGUCGGCCAAGAUGUUAAAAGUGUCAUUGUUAGAUGA